CCAAGAUGAUUACUUUCCUGAAGAAAAUGGUUCAGUCAAUGAAGAUUUUUUACCCAAGCCAAUUGAAUCAUGGUCAUUAUCUGAGAAUAAUUCGAAAAGUUCUACUAGGAAUAAUGUAAAAAUUAAUAGCAGAUGUUUUUAUAAUAUUGAUAAAUCGGAUAAAAGAACUACGCUCCAAGAUAAAAGACGUGCAAUUAUGAUAACAGCAGAAACUUCAGUUUUCGAACAAAAUUUCUGUACAGCAGAUAAUAACUCAGAAUUAUGUCAAGUAUCUAAAGAUGCUAUUCCAGACCAAAUGCUUGUCAGAAUAAAAUCUUUGGAAUUUGAUUCAAAAAAUCAAAUAAAACCUGAUGUCAAGAAAUCAAUUCGUCUUGUGACUCAAUCUGCCUCUCAUCAAACAGAACCAGAUACUUCCCUCGAAGGACAAAUACAAAAGAUGUUCCUUUUUCCUUUUAAUUAUCAUUCAUUGGUUUUCGAUACUUUGAAAUUAGAUAUUUAUAGCUAUGGAUCCCUAUUAAAUAAACCGAAAAGACUUGGACGUGCUGUCAUUCGAUUGAAUGUUUUAAAACAAGCUAUAUCUAAUCGAGAGGGAUUUGAAAGAACUUUUCCUCUCGAGAGUAAAGAAUUACAUCCCUAUGAAGUUGGUACCGUCCAAAUAAAUAUUGGAUUUCAUUUUCGUAAUGAUCCACCUAUAUCUUCGAUAUUUCUCCGCUCAGUAAUCACACAAAUUAAAACAUUAUCUAUAGUUCAUCAUGGAAUUGAAUUUAAUGGCCAUGGACAUCUCAAUACCUUAGUGCAUCCCGAAUCAAAACCUCUUAGUAUAUUUGAUUUCAUAUUAAGUAAGAAAACCACUGACUCAAUUAAAGAAUUCGUAUCCCUUUUUUACGGGUUUCAUGGUCAUGGAUGGCAAAUGACCAAGUUAGAGAUUAUGAAAGCUUAUAUUUUGUUGGAAAAGUAUUAUGAUCAAAAGCCAAAAUUUAUUACAGGAAAUCUAAUUACCAACAUUGAUAAAUUAAAAAAGGCCAAAUAUUAUUUAAAAUUUUCUAUAGCAACAUAUGGUUCUUUCAUGUUUAAUGUGUUUGGAUAUGGGUAUAAAAUGGCUCCAAAAAAUGCUAUGAGGAUGAAAUCUGAUCGAAAAAUUAUUCAAGAUUAUUUUGGCAUUAGUAAAGAUGAUAUUAUUUGUUGGGAAUUUGGCAAAAUGACUGUUUCUGUACCUAAUUACAUGAUAAUUAGAGAUCCAAAAACAAAUUCUAUUAUAAUAUCUAUUCGAGGAACACUGAAUGCUACUGAUAUUAUCACCGAUGUACUUGCACAUUAUGAGCCGUGGAACGGCGGAUUUGUUCAUCGUGGGAUGCUGCGUAGCGCGCAAUAUCUUGUCAGAAAGUCUUUAAACGACAUCCGAGCUGCAGUGAGCAAGUUUAAAGCCAAUUCAAUACAAGUAAUAGGGCAUUCAUUAGGUGCUUCCGUAUCAUGUCUUGUAACUCUAAUUUUACGAAAACAAUGCAAAGAUUUACUUAAAAAAGGAAUCGAUAUUCAUGCAUGGGCUUUUGCAACCCCGCCAAGUUGUUCACUUGACAUUGCGUGUAGAAAUGAAGUUAUGGAUUGUAUUGAUAAUUUUGUUAAUGAGAAUGAUAUUAUUCCUAGAUUAAGUUACGGAAGUUUUAUUGAUUUUAAAGAAUUGAUUAAAUUUGUGGCUAAAAACGUAAAGAAUCGUAGUUAUAAAAAGAAUAAAAAGAUGUAUUUUAAUUACAAUCUUUCAUUAAUAAUGGAAUCCAUUGAUAAUUAUUAUAAAAAUUUAAAAUCAAAAUCGCAUGAUCAAAAACUAUAUAUACCUGGUACAAUAUAUUAUAUGUAUAAAAAACGCGACCCUUCUAACCCAAUAUUAAAAGAAAUAUUAUGUGAAAAAUCUACUCAAGAAUCAUUCACGGAUAUUACCUUACGGCGAAAUUGUCUAUUACAACACCUUCCAGAUCAAUAUGAUAAAAGGUUAGGAAAGGUUAUAAAUAGACUGGUUAAAAAUUUAGAUUGUAGUUCAAUUAAUGAAAAGUGA